GACCAACUUUAUAGCGUGGAAAAUGUACGUGUCGUGCUCGUCGAAAGUGGUAUUGAAGGCGGAUAACUUGCUUUUCCCGAAUACUCCCGAAAAAAUGUACACAGCCGCGAAAAACCCGGAUCAAGCUGACUGUUGUGUCGAAUUUUUACCGCCGUUUACAUUAAACACCACGGAUAUCUGUUUUCUAAACGAAACUCUAAUACACUCUUGCCCGAAAAACUACUCGAACGUAGAAACUCAAGAGGCAUGCGAGGCUAUGUAUGUGCCGUAUCUCAGAUCGGACGCGACAAUGACCCGCGCCUACGCCAACUAUUUCUGUUAUCUCUGUAACAGCAACGAUACGGACGCGGGGGACGCCCGCUGCCCAACGGAACUUAAACUCGGUCUCCACGACGACCGGAUGUUCGUUGUGGAGAUAAAUGCGCCGUUGAGGAACGAGUCCCAGUUCCUGCCCACGUGGGACGCACGGGCAUUGCCUCCAGACCGUUACAGACCGACAGGGUUGCAUUGCAAGGAGGGUAUGAUGUACGACUUAUAUAAGGAAAAAUGCCGAGAGUGGUACUGUCCACUGGGUCACACGAGGUCAAAGGCAGACAUGAGUUGCGUCCCUUUGUACACUGACGUCAUCAAGGCUACUUUUAGCGUCUCGCUUAUGAUACGCUUCGUGAAGUCGUCUGCGGCAAGGUCGGAAUCUGUCGACGAAUGGGACUUAACUCAUGAUGUUCUCACAAAAAUAUACGGAGACGACGCGGAAAUGGAAAGAGAACUCAUCGUUUUAGCAACAGCUAACGAUCGGUCUUAUUUGUUUGUGCUUCUGGUCAUACGUGUAUCAGAGAAUGCCAAGUUCCUUGGUAAACUUUUCGAGGAAUCGACGUAUGGACAGCAACUGAUGUACGAAACGCACAACAAUUCCAUUGAAGUCAGCGUGGAUUUCGCGACUGGUAUCAAAAUGGAGCUAAACAUAUUCCCAUUAGGCGACAUUUUUCUCGUUGAUAUGCUCGCCUACAGUGCCUUGGACGUAUUGUUCCGCGCCAAUCUGUCUGAUGUCGAGAUGGCAUUUCAGUACACGUUUAUAUCAAAACUCUUCGUAUGCCCUAUGUUCUCGCUGGAGAAAGAAGAGAUCAGGGACUACAUUGAUGUCAUCGACGUACGGGUUUCAGAUUUACGUCUGUACGAGGGCGAGUUCUCUCGGGCGUCGCGUUAUAACUCCAUUCGAGUCUGCGUCAGCGACUAUUUGCGGAACGCCGCCACGUAUUACGAGCAGAAACUGAAAGAAGGAGCGUUCACUCCGCAGGCGAUUCUCUCUGUCGUCUGCAGCUUCUUAUCGAUGACGGGUCUCUUUUUGACCAUCGUAACGUACAUAAUUUUCGAUGAACUGCAGACGAUUCCUGGCAAGAACAACACGAUGCUUGCCGUCCACCUGUUGAUCGCUCAGAUCCUUUAUCAGUUCUGUAUGGACAAGACCGAAUACCCGAACAUGUGCAUUGUGUUUGGCAUCCUCAUCCAUCUGUUUUGGCUCACCGCCAUUUUGUGGAUGAACGUCUGCACUUUGCACAUGUUUCGGACAUUCGUCACCGGACAGAGAUAUAGGUCAGUGCGCGUGCUCGAUCCCCAGGUCGUCUGCUACGGACUCUACUGCUAUGGCAUCGCGCUGGCGAUGGUCGCCAUCAAUAUAUCGGUCUCCGCGUACCGUUCUGGCGGGAGGGACAUCGGUUAUGGCAGGAACGUGUGCUACAUAUCAAACCCAGUCAUGGUUGGGUGGGUGUUCGCGCUGCCGGUCGGGAUGAUCAUUAUUCUAAACUUGGGCUUCUUCUUCGCCGUCGUCUAUCAAAUCUCAGCCUCGACGAUGAGGAGGAGCGGAAAGUCGUCUGAUCGAACGAAUACGAUCAUUUACAUGAAGCUUUCGUCUCUUACCGGCGUGACGUGGAUUUUCGGAUACCUUUACCUGUGGACCAACUUCGUCCCUUUCGAGUAUAUAUUCAUAGUCCUAAACGCAGGCCAAGGGGUAUUCAUCUUUAUGUCGUUUAUUUGCACGCAGAGGAUCACCAAAUUGUAUAUCGGUCUGCUAUGCCGGGGCUGCAUCAUUACCAAGACGAAGCUGUGCAGAUGUUUGUGUUUCGCGCGGGACUACUCGGAGGGUGGCGCUGCGGACAUAAACACACAGAGGAUAUCCGUGUCGCAUACCGCGAGUAUCAAGAAUAUCAAAAAGAAGUUUGUUUCUAAAUCGAAAGUCGAUAGCACGCAAAACCCAAAGAACGCAACGACGAAACUGCACGUUAUCUCGAGUACUUCCGAUGUAUUUAAGGAAAGCGCACAGAUGGCGCAUUACUCACGCAUACUUAUGACCCCGGGCGGUGCAGCGCCCAAUCACACUGAGUUCAACAAGGAUGAGCCGAGCGACGCCGGAAAUAGACUGGAGAAUGCGAAGAUAGCCACGAUGGAACUGCCCAACAUCGUGUUCAUAGACGCGAUGAACACAUGUGGAGAAUAAAUUAACCGGAACCAGCUCGAAAUUAACCAAUGUAAUCUGCACGAAUAUAACUAUUGAACCAGUAGAGACGUGUCAAUCAAAACAUUAGUUAGCCAACAAUUGGUUUAGAUUCCAGUGAUUAAUUAAAUUAUGUGAUAUGAUAACAGUAGUCAAUCGAUGGACUUUAGACGGACACUCUUUAACAUACAAGACGCGGAGCAAAGUACUCUCGUAAAAGUUUUUCAAUGCUGCAUAUGACUAUUUGUAUGUGUGACAGGUAUACAUAUAUGGCAAUUUAAUAAAGAAUGGACAUUUUA